CAAUACUACUGAGACAUCUACAGCUUAACACACAGAUACGCAGAACCGCCUAUCCCGGCUGCUGUAAGUGAUGCUGCACUGAGGCGCACUUUGAUCCAACUCCACCGGGGCGGCGAUGCGCUCUCUGCAUUCCUCAUUUAACAGUGUUUGUGCGCUGUCUUGAAUCAGUUAAAACAAGUGGUUCUUAAAUAAAUCAGGUUUACGCUUUCAUUUGUUCAUUAGAGCUUGUUUUUUCCCUUUUCUUUCUUCUUUUUUGUGCCAUCUUUGGAUUGAAGUUUUACACUCGGGUCAAGAGGCGUUUUUACGCACGUCCAAGUAUCAUUUCAGCGAUUUUAGGGUCUUAAAAAAUGAAGAUAAAUUAAGCUGCAGGGUUACAAAGUUUAUGUAAAACAACAUUGGAUCAUUGCGUAUCUCCGCCUGUGGGACUGCGAGCCCGAGACAGCAGAAGAGGAAUUACAGUCUCCUUUUUUUUUUUCAAACAAAGUUGAUCGCUGCUCUUCGCUAUUUUUCAACUUGCAGGCGAGGACCACAUUUCUUUUUAGCACAUGGAUAAGUUUUUUUAGCGGAUAACAUAUAUUUUUUUCUUUUUUUAUAUAUACUUCGUCUGCCUUUUCCUGCCAAUUCUGAUAAGGAUCCUCUCUUCCCCGUUUUUCCCACUCCAGAUUAAUUCAUGGCACUUGUUUUUUGUGAGUCGGUGAUGUCUUUACGCGACGGGAUUCGCGGCUGAUUUUCCCAUCAUAUCCAAGCAGAUAAGAAUCGCUGCAGUAAAAGUGAAGCUCCUAUCUAAUCUUGAGUAUGGACUUAGCAAGUCAGGCGCAUGUGCUGGUGGUCUUGCUCACCUCUGUGGUAUUACUAUGCGAGGCCCAGGAGAGGGACUACGUAGUGAAGGAGGAGCAGCCGGAGAACAUCCGCAUUGGAAAUCUGCGCAAGGACCUGGACCUCAACCUAGACCCUAACAUCAAACUAUCCUCACCGCUGCAGUUUAAACCUGUGUAUAAAACAGGCGACGUGCCUUUGGUGAGAGUAGAGGCCAACACUGGGGAAAUCUUUACCACAAAUCACAGAAUUGACCGGGAGAAGCUUUGCUCUGGAGUCUUCACUGAGAAACGCUGCUAUUAUGAGAUUGAGGUGGCGGUACUGCCUGAUGAGAUCUUCAGAUUGGUCAAGAUCCGUUUCCUGAUUGAGGACGUGAAUGACAACGCACCCCUUUUCCAGUCAACUGUGAUAAACAUCUCAAUCCCUGAGAACACGGCAAUCAACACUCGAUACCCGGUGCCAUCUGCAUUUGACCCUGAUGUGGGGAUCAAUGGGAUCCAGCAUUAUGAACUAGUCAAGAGCGUCAAUGAAUUUGGCCUAGAUAUUAUUGAGACUCCUGAAGGUGACAAGUGGCCGCAGCUCAUCGUUCAGCAGAACCUCGAUCGCGAGCAAAAGGACACCUUUGUCAUGAAGAUAAAGGUGGAAGAUGGUGGCAACCCUCCUAAAUCCAGCACUGCCAUUCUCCAAGUUACCAUCUCUGAUGUCAAUGACAAUCGUCCCAUCUUCAAGGACAGUGAGUUGGAGGUCUCAGUACCAGAGAAUGCUCCAAUGGGGACAUCAGUUGCUCAGCUUCAUGCCACGGACGCAGACUUGGGUUCCAAUGCACAGAUCCACUUUGCCUUCAGCAACCAGAUCUCCUCCUCAACCAGACGCCACUUUGCCAUCAACAGCUCUACUGGUUUGAUCACUGUGAAGCAGCCGCUGGACAGGGAGGUAACCCCUGUUCAUAAACUCAUUGUGCUAGCGAGUGAUGGCAGCUCCACCCCAUCCCGAGCCACAGUGACUGUUAAUGUCACGGAUGUUAAUGACAAUGUUCCUUCUAUUGACACUCGCUACAUCAUCAACCUGGUAAAUGGAACUGUUCUGCUGUCUGAGAAUGCACCCCUCAACACCAAAAUAGCCCUGAUAACUGUUACUGACAAGGAUGCAGAUCUGUAUGGCAAAGUGGCUUGCUACACCGACCAUGAUGUUCCUUUCCGGUUGAAGCCUGUCUUUAAUGAUCAGUUCUUACUAGAGACAGCUGCCCCAUUAGAUUAUGAGACGACUCGAGAAUAUGCCAUUAAGAUAGUGGCCUCAGAUAGAGGGACGCCUCCUUUGAACACUUCAGCUAUGGUCUUAAUUAAAAUCAAGGAUGAGAAUGACAAUGCGCCCAUCUUCCCCCAGCCUGAAAUUCAACUUUCCAUACCAGAGAACAAUGAUCCCUCAACACAGUUAAUAAAAAUCAGUGCUACUGAUGCAGAUAGUGGACAUAAUGCUGAAAUCAUUUAUACCCUUGGCCCAGAUGCCCCUGAUGGUUUUAACAUAGACAGACGGACAGGUAUUCUGUCUGUUGGCAAACGACUGGACAGAGAGAAGCAGGAGAGGUACUCAUUCACUGUCAUAGCGAGGGACAAUGGUUCCACAUCCCUGCAGAACAAUGUUACCAUCAAGCUAAUCGUACAGGACCUUAAUGACAACAGCCCGGCUUUCACACACCCUGAGUACAACUUCUAUGUGCCUGAGAACCUGCCACUCUAUGGAACUGUGGGCUUAAUCACAGUAACAGAUGCUGAUGCAGGAGAUAAUGCUGUUAUAACUUUGUCCAUUUUAAAUGGGAAAGACAACUUCCUCAUCGACCCCCAAACAGGUGUGAUCAAGCCAAAUAUCACCUUUGACAGGGAGCAACAAAGCUCCUACACAUUUAUGGUCAAGGCUGUUGAUGGAGGGCAGCCUCCCAGCUCCUCCUAUGCGAAGGUCACGAUCAAUGUAGUCGAUGUGAAUGACAAUCGGCCAGUGUUCGUCAUCCCAUCCUCCAAUUACUCAUAUGACCUAGUCCGAACUACCACACCGCCUGGUGCUGUGGUGACCAGAGUUUUCGCCAUUGACAAUGACACAGGUAUGAAUGCUGAGCUGCAGUAUAAAAUUACGCAUAGCAUCAUCAUCAGAUCUGGAGCUCCAUCUAAACAUCUGUUUGUUAUCGACCAAACAACGGGUAACAUAACGCUACAGGAGAAAAUUACAGGAGCCAAUCAGGGGCUGCAUAGGUUGGUAGUCGAGGUCAAAGAUUUAGGCCAGCCUGAGUCCUUACAAGCUAUUGCACUUGUUCACUUGUUUCUCAAUGACACAGUAUCAAAUGCUACCUUCAUCCAAGAGCAACUGCGGAAAAGUAUGGAGACACCCUUGGACCGUAAAACAGGGGACACUGAGUUAACACAUCAAACUAAUGGAUAUGUGAUCGUUGUCAUAGCUAUCAUAGCAGGGACUAUGACUGUCAUCUUGGUGAUAUUUGUAACUGCUUUGGUGCGGUGCCGGCAGACGCCUAGACACAAAGUAGUACAGAAGGGCAAGCAGAGUGGAGAGUGGGUGUCACCCAACCAAGAGAACCGUCAGAUCAAGAAGAAGAAGAAGAGAAAGAAGCGAUCUCCCAAGAGCCUGCUCCUGAACUUUGUGACCAUAGAUGAAUCGAAGCCUGAUGACCCAUCCCAUGAGCAUGUUAAUGGUACGCUAGAUCUCCCUGUGGAGUUAGAGGAGCAAACUAUGGGGAAGUACAAUUGGGCAACCACGCCCACAACCUUCAAACCUGACAGCCCAGAUUUAGCCAAGCAUUACAAGUCUGCAUCCCCUCAGCCUACAUUUCAAAUCAAACCGGAAACUCCAGUGGCCCCUAAGAAACAUCACGUGAUCCAGGAGCUCCCCUUGGACAACACUUUUGUGGUGGGCUGUGACUCACUCUCCAAGUGUUCAUCGACUAGCUCCGACCCGUACAGUGUCUCAGAGUGCAGCUGUCAGGGGGGAUUCAAGACUGCGGGGCAAAUCACCACCCGACAGAACCAGAGCCAGACACCAGAGAAGUCUUUUAACUCACCGACCCCCAUUUGUCCUCAUAAGGAAGCCUGUCAGCUCGCCAAGAUAACUUCUGUCAAUACCCAGCGCCGUGUGACCUUCCACCUCCCUGAUGGCUCUCAGGAGAGUUGCAGCGACAGCGGGCUGGGAGACUUGGAUCCCAGCAGCACAGCCAGUGCCACCCACCCUCUUCCUCUGAGCUUCCCGCAGGAGGAGUACUACGAACAAACGUCACCCAACAGCCGCACAGAGGGAGAUGGAAACUCAGACCCCGAAUCCACCAUCGAGGUGAACCUGCAGAAAGCCUUGGCCGAGGCCUCUGAGACCUGCACCCAGGAGUGUCUGAUUCUGGGCCACUCCGACAGCUGCUGGAUGCCCCCGGCCCUGGCCCAGUUCCAGAGUCCUGGCAGCAACAGCCCCACCUCCACCCCAACCACUACCACCAUCACUGCCACCCUCCCCUCCUUCGGCUUCCAGCAGAGCUGCUCCCGGGGAGUAAGAGCCAACAUGAGCAGCAUGGGGGUCAUAGAUGGCCGCCAUACUUUGGGCAGGUCAGUGCCCAAAAAGGAUGAACUAGACAAAGGGAUCAACCGGCCGCAGUUCUACAACACCCUGGAUAGACACUGCAGUAGUAAGAAGGAAGACCCAGUCAAGGUCAUCCCCCUGGCAAGCUUCUCAUCACCCGGCCAGCAGACACCCUCUGGUGGGGGAAGCAGCUCUUUCUUACACGAGCACCAGCUGUAAUAGGAAAAGACAGAUCUUCUUUGGCCUGACGUACAGUGCAUAUGACUCCAUCCAUAGAAGGCCUAUGACUUCAUGAUUAGCAUAUGUGCGUAUGUGUGGAGGUAUGCAUAAUUUAAAUAACUUCGAUCAGCUCAAGGUCAGCUUUAGCGGCGAAGAUGUCUGAGAAUGAUAAGAUCACGGUUAUGUUAUUCAGAUGAAGUCAAAUUGAAUCAGUCCGAGAGCCUAAGCGUCUUAAACGAAGCGUACGGCUCAACACAUCAGACCCAUGUAUAAUAAAUAAAAGGUAGUUCUAUACCAAAGUAGAUCCAUCACAAAAAGGAAAAAAAGACAAAAAAAAAAAAAACCUAACAAACAAAUAAACAAAACAAAAAACAAAAGGAAAAAACUGUUUUGCUUUCAGUUUGGUGAUGUUCGCUUAAUGAUAUAAAGGGCACUGUACACUUUAAGCUCCUUGGGCGUAGCUUAGUGGGACUGUGUGUGCAAAGACCCUUUCCUGGGGCAGAAACAAAUGCAAAUACAAAUGCAGUGCUUUUGUGUUUAUGGGUGAGCAAAAUUGGCCUAAAUGUCAAUGAUCAGCUCUGGGUUGAUGGUGCUUUAUUUCAAGUUCUAGUGAAGUAUUGCUUUUUAUAUGAAAUGGCACAAACUCAAAUUGGUCGUGGAAAAUGUUUCUUUUGUCUUGCUUGAGUGUGUUUCAGAAGCCUAUUUUGGUCAGGGGACUGCAGAAGGAUUGAAAAAACAAAAAAAAAAAAACAAAAAAAAAACAAGUCUGCAAGCAUAACUAGGACAAUGGUAGAUAGCACCACAUCUUAAUCUGUUACACUCUACAUUUUUAUCACGGACCAGUACACAAAAUAAAAGCUCAGAAUAAGACAAACCCUGGCUCAUGCAUACUUAUGAUGUUUUCCAUAUGGUGAUUUCUCCAACUCUGCCAACUCUAUUAAGAAAAAGUUCACUCCUUGCAUUAUCUCUGUAGUUUAGUCUUGAAAGGCACACACAGAUGUGCUUUGGAUACGUAGCCUUUGUUCCCCCCUUUCGUUUCCAUUUUUCACAUUUUGCUGCUCAGAAACCUUCCCAUAAUAACAGCUUUGGAGCCAAUUAUGAAAUUCUCAGUCUAAUUACUUUGAUGCGUGAUCUCAGUAACGACCCUUAUUGUAGUUAGGAGGUUUGGAAUGACUCCACUGAUAAUUCAGAAACAUGCUCAGCACUUACAACAGCAGAUACAAGGUGACAAGAGUUCAAAGACCUCAGCUUUACACACUUCUUCUAUUUAUAUCUUUUUAUUAACACCCAUUUUGCUGUGUUUUUCCCCCUGUACUUUAAACGGUAAUUCCUAUGGACUGCAGUCUCUAAUAUAGGUGCUGACCACAGGUGGACACCCGAAUAAUGGGCCAGCCAGCUGAAAUUCCCUCAAUUCCCUGAGUGUAACUGAAUUAUUCAGUGAUAUUUUCAUAGAUAUCGUCCGAGUAGUCACUGGCACUGUUUGAGUGCCCCCUCUGGAGACCGUCCCUCACAUAGCUCCAUAAGAAAACAGCAGAAAUGGCUGAACACUCAACUCGUCCUGAUGAUAAUAACUACUUCAGACUAACUUGCCGCGGUAACAGAUUGUGUGCAGGGUAAUGUAUUGCUACAGCAAUAAGUGACUUUUUUUCCCCCGCGCUCUCUGUAAGAUCCAAGCCAGGUGUCUGCAUCAUCCGGGAUAUGAUUCAUGCGAUUCAUUUUCUUGUACCCUCUUGCAAAUUGGGAACAGGCCUAAAUCUAUAAUGCAACAAGGCUCUCUAUGGGGAAGGUGCAAGGCAAAUUUUGUUUGUCUGCUCUUAGCGCUUCUGUUCUCUUAGAUCGGGACUUUUAACGAUAUAAAGAGGAUUUAUCUGAUACUCAGUGAAAUGAUCACUUAAGGGGAACAGUGUGUCAAGGACAAAAAAAGGGCAAUUCCAUUUCACCUCAGUCAAUUAUGAAAAUGAAUUGAAUUCAAAACAGGCGACUUAAAUAAGCCCUCGUAUAAACAUCCAUUUAUGAAAAUGUCCCUAUUUGUGAAUCCAAUUUCAGCUCAUUUACUAAUAUGUAUAUUUAUUUGUUUUUCUCUUACUAUCUCUUUCUGCCUCUCUUUUUUAUCUCUUUUCAUUGUUUUAGGGAAAAUAUGCACCAGAGAAUCAAAUAAACAAUGUAUUUUGUAUCAAAAGAAUCCUAUAUCAAAGGGAAUGUGCAUCAUGAUGUCAAUGGCACUUGGAGUUUUAACAGUUGGACUUUUUUUUUUUUUUUUUUUUAAUUCUGACUCUUAUAAUGCGCAAUCCAGAUGUCCCCAUAAGUCUUUUCAGGCUCUUUUCUGAACCAGCCGAAUAGCUGAUUUGGGUAGUUGUCUUCGAUAAAGAUGAAACUGAGGAAUGACAAUAAGAUUUUUUUUUUUUUUUAAAGAAACAUCCUCACUCAUUAACCUCAUUAGUACAAGCAUUAUCCGCUGGUAUUUAGACAAAAAAACUGUCCUCAUCCUUGUUUCAUGAAUAGAGGGAAUAUAUAUGGAAUAUAUGUGGAUUACUGCACACCGUCACGCUGUAAUCAAAAUGUGAUUGUUUCAAAUACUGUAUCCGGUCACAUGUGUACAGUGAGCACAAUAUUACCAAUCUGUAACCCUCAUCGUGUUUUAUCUAUCUGACUUCUACUUCAGUGUUUCUGCAGCUCCAUUAACUGAAAGACAGAUCCAUGAGGGAAUGGUAUAGAAACUGCAUGAAUGUACACCAGUAGCAAGUUGCUUCUCAUAAUGUACCAGGUUUUAAUUUUCUUUUUCUCAUUCUAUACUAGUUUUGUCUUUUUUUGUUUGUUUUUUUUAAUCAUGUGUUUUUUUGGAGGUUAAUAUAUGCUGGUGUGUUAUUCAUUCAUUUUUGAAACAAAGGGCAUACUAUUUGAAUGUCCACUAUUGCUCUGUUGUCUCAAAAAACAUUGAAAAAGACAAAACGAGUGGUCAAAGCUUUCCACUUUGCAUGAUUGUGGUCUCAUUUAUUUUUUUCUUUCUGUUUUCCCACCCCUGUGAUAGAAAUAGAGUAUUAUUUUGGGCAUAAAACCUAACAUUUCCUCCUUUUUUCAGAUUUUUUUGCUGUUCAAAAUGCGUGCCAUGAUCACUGCGUCAACUCAGUGUCAUAAUUUGCAUGAACUGUUAGGACUUUGAUGAGACAUUUUGACACUUGACAGCGUGUUUCAUGCAUCCAUUAUUAGAAUCUGUGUCAGUAUUGAUAUUUGCUUCUCUAUCUGUUUGUCUGAUGGAACAAAACCAAUGUAAAACAGUGUACACAUUCAUACCUUGUGAAGUGUGCGGACCACUUAUGCAUCUACGCUUACAUGACUAUCAGAUAUCUAUCCAGAAAGGUAAAGUGGAUUUUCAGCUGUACAUAGCAGUGCCCCUAAGAAACUACAGUCGUGAUAAUGGUCACAAACUUGAAAGACACUAAAUAAAGACUAAAUAAUGUAAUUCACUAUGUUCACUGUAAGGACAAAGGGAAAACCAGAAGUGAUGAGAUGACAAUCUCUGUUGUAAUGUAAUUGGAUACAUAUGCAUAAUAUUGAUGAGAGUGUGUCUGGAUGUGUUUAGAAGUGAUCUUGUGCGUGUGCUAGAGAUCGAGACCACCGGCGUCUCCCAGAAUGUUUGUGUGUGUAUGUGUGAGUGUUUGUCCUGGCAUGGACAUGGCCAGAGCAUUUUAUGUACACAAAUGUAUCUUGUACAAAAACAAUAUAAAAAAAAAAUGAUAUAAGACUUAAGUAUAUGCUUGUAAAUUAGUCAUCAGUGAGUCAGGUCGAGUUUGCUUUGAGAGAAGGCUUUGGUGCUUGUCAGCAAAUCUGUAUUGGUCACUUAAAAGCUAUACAGUCUGUGUUGUCAUGCCUUUGUAAGAUAUGCCACUUAAUUCUAUGGAAAAAAAUGACCCUCCAUAUGGUGAAAGAUUUUUCUUGUCAUUGAAUUUUACUUGAGCCAUUAAAUAUUGAGACCUCAAAGAAUCCAG